AUGGAAUCUUUUGAGGACUCAAAUUGUCCAUCGUUGAGUGAUACGUUUUCUAUGUACGAGCGUUAUAUGAGAAGUUUUAAUGUAAAAGAAAAUUUUGAAGAACACAACAGUGCAUCAUCCUCAAGCGUAGCGAGUUCCAAUGCAGGGAACAUUGACCUGUCCAUUGUUGUACCACAACAUGUAACGUCUCAUGUGUGCGAGUCUCAACUGUACGAAAACAUUGGAAAGGAUAGUGACUCUGAAAAGGAGAAAUCAAUAUUUCUAGUGGCAUCUAUAACAUCCUCUGACAAUACCGACCUUGCCGAUGCUAGAACUGAUGAGCCCAGAAGUGUUAAACCUGUGUUUAUAUCCUCUAUGAUGGAGAACAGCAACAAUGCUGUUGACAGUGUGCCACUAUUUGAUGCAAAACACGAAAACGUGUUUAAACUACCGAUUAGUGAACUCUCGUUUAAUGGUACACUAAAACAUGUGCAGAGGUUAAAGCCUAUUGUAGAUCCUAUAACAGCUUUAGGUACCAGCUUAAAUUAUGAUUGUGAUACUAAAAGCAGUGAUGGUAAAAGUGAAGUACAGGUUAUAAGUGAUACUAAUAAUGAACGUUUAGUAGAAAGUAGUUCUGACUCUCAAUAUCAGGUUAAAAUGAAGGAUUCAGAGGCCUAUGAUAGUAACUCAAAAUGGAAUGAUCAAAGUUAUUCCUCACCUGAUGCGUCUUUCGAUAGUGGACUACGUUCACCGGAUAUGUUCUCCGAAGCGGAUGACAGUGAAGCUGAGGAUGAGCCAGAACCGUUUUGGUCAUUUCUUAAAGAUGUAGAGUUAUUUGAAAAGAAAAAAAUGAAAAAGAUUCAGGAAACUCUCCAAGGUGUAUUACCUCCGCCAUCUGUGACCACUAUAAAAACAGAUGUCACUCAAAUGCUCAACAAGUACUAUACCUUCCUACCGCUUUUUAACUCCGACCAACAUUUAAAUGUAGAAGAAAACUCUAAGACACCAACAAAGAAGGUUUCAUUCAUUCAAGUACCAGAAACUUGUGAGUCUACGCCAGCUGAAACUGGAAUCUCUUUGAAGGCAGAAAAAUUAAAUAUAUCCACAGAUUCUAAAUUGGAUAUUAAUUCUAGUAUAAAUGAUAGAAGCAUUGAAUUGAAACAAAGCUCAGAGACAGAAGCUAAGGAAAAUGGUUGGCCCACAGUUAUGAAAUGCAGAUACCAUGAUGUUUACUAUAACUUAACUAAUCAUUCAGAAAAGUAUGAAAGAUUAUUGCUACGGUAUGCCGAGAGGUUCAUUGGUGCUGAAACAGACACAAGCGUUAACAUAUACUCUGGAGGACUGCAGUCACCAAGCAGUGCUAGUAAAUGGAAAGCAUUGAGACUUAAAAUGGCACAAGCAAAAUCGCCCGGACGUCGUUUGUCUCACUUAGCUCGCCGCCGCCAAGCAUUUUGCAGCGCCUCCACUAUCAAUGAAAAAACUGCAUCUAAUACCAAAAUGGUUCUCAUUGAUAAAAAUUAUUUUCCGCACAGGAAGUUAGUAAACUCAACCGACAGAAGAAGCCCCAAGAACCGUCGUACACCUGGUAAGAAGACACCUAGACGAACCUCUGGAAGCAAAACACCGUCUAAAACACCUAAAACAGGUGGUUCAAGCAAGAAAAAAGCAAUGAGACGGUUGCUCAUGGAUGACAAAUUAUCUAAAACUCAACCAAACAGAGAGACCUUGAAAAGAGCACUAUUCAUUAGUCCAGACAACAAGCAGACCAUAUCCAGAACGAAUAGCAUGUCUGUUCCAAACCAAGCUAUUAAGUCGAGAAGAUCUUUAUUUGGAUCUCCCAUACGACAAGCUGAGACUAAAAGUAUGGAUGGCACAUCAAGUGACAACUUUUUGAAGAGGAAAAGAGAUGAUGAUGAUAUAGAUACAAAUAGAAGUAAAAUAGCUAAGAGUUUGUCCUUUGGUGGUGAUACUCUGGACUGUCCACAGUCUAUACCGUUGAAUAGAAGAGCAUCGGAAAUGCUGUCGUCUAAAAAUAGUGCUGAAUUGAAUGAACUGCAUAAAAAGAAACUGCUCUGGGCUGUAUCAGAAGCCCUACGCUUACACGGCUGGCGUAUGUCCUCGCCUGGCUUCAAAGAGAAGGCUUCUCUUCUAGCGCGGUUAACCAGGAAACUCCUCACUCUUCCCGCUCAUUCUGCGAAAUUGAACGCACCAAAACUGUCUACCUCCGACACAUUAUUCAAAUUAGCAAAGCAGUACGUCUUCGCAAUCAUCCAAGGCAGAACUGUAGACGAGUGUUUCCAAGACGAACAGAUAAAACUGGCAAAUGAGUCAAACAAACUAAGUGGCUAUAUAUCCGCUUCCGCCUACCAACAGCUCAAAAACAAACCACUUAUAAGCCAGGUGAAGGAAAACUGCUCAGAUCUGAUGAAGCCAGAAUCCAAGAGUGUGAUGAAGAAUGUGCUGCAAGACAAGAUGUUGAACGUAGACUCAAACUCGAACAGUAGUUGUACGAGUAUAUUCGAUAAGGUGGCUCUGAAAUCAAAUUCUAUGCCCUCGUUCGAAGAUGCAGCUAAAAUGAGAGCGAAAAGACAGAUCAGCUUUGAUAAUGUUGAUUUUCCUAAGCGAUGA